CAAAGAUGUCCUCCGUGCUAAGCGCUAUAUCUCGCAGCUGGUCAACAAAAUGACUAUUUAACUAAACUUAAUCCUCUUUAUAUCAGCACCAGUAACACCUUAUCCUUUACGAACUUCACAAACACGCCCGUGAAAUGCAACUGAGGCAUCUGAAGACGCUUUUAACCCCGCAGGAGACUGCUGCCAAAGUGACAUGUCUGGCCUGGGCCCCCAACAACACCAAGUUCGCCGUGUGCACCGUUGACCGAGUGGUGCUUCUGUACGAUGAACAGGGAGAGAAGAAAGACAAGUUCUCCACCAAACCUCUAGACUCCAAGUAUGGAAAACACAGCUAUACAGUCAAUGACAUGGUGUUCUCACCGGACUCCACAAAGAUCGCCAUCGCCCAGUCUGACAACAUCAUCUUUGUCUACAAGAUCGGAGAGGACUGGGGGGACAAGAAAACUAUUUGCCACAAGUUUGUUCAAACGAGUGCUGUGACCUGCGUGCUUUGGCCUGCAGAACAUGCGAUUGUUUAUGGAUUAGUGGAAGGCAAGGUUCGGCUUGCCAACACUCAGACCAACAAGUCCUCAACCCAGUACAGCACCGAGUCCUGUGUUGUCUCACUGGUUUCAAAUGUUUCUGGUAAAGGCAUCCUGUCUGGCCACGCUGAUGGGACAGUCGUGCGCUACUUCUUUGAUGAUGAAGGCUCGGGGGAGUCUCAGCUGCUGUAUGACAGGCACUGCUCUGUUUCUGAUUGGCUGCUUGAAAAGAGCGUUGGUGAUGUCAACAGCUUCUGA